AUGAAAGUCCUAAGAUUUAAUCAGGAUGCAAGUUGCUUCUCAAUAAUUUGCGGUCCACACUCCAUGGCAAUUUAUAAUUGUGAUCCAUUUGGUCGAUGUUUUGAAUUAGAGAAUAGUACCAGUAAUAGCAGUUCCGGAAAUGGCGGUGAAAACGGUAAAGCUCAUGAAGAUCAUAUGGGAAACUUCGUUACGGAAAUGCUUUUUGCAACAAGUUUAAUAGCGGUAGUAAACAAAAAUCAAGGUCUACAAAAAGCCAAAAAAUUGCGUAUAGUCAAUACUAAGCGUAAAUCUACUAUAUGUGAACUAAAUUUCCCGCAUGAGAUUGUAGAUGUCGUGAUGAAUCGGAAACGUAUGUGUGUUUUAUUGUCGAGUGAACAGAUCUUCGUUUACGAUAUAUCCUGCAUGAAACUCUUGCAUACCAUUAAUGUUCUCGAAGAUAAGUUGAAAAUGUCAGGUAGUUUCCAUAAUCACAGCUCUUCUGUGCAGCAAAGUCAUCCCGUACAGCGAUCGCGUACGAAUAUGGUUAGAAUUGCCCUAAGCAGUGACGAUAAAAGCAUUUUGUGUUAUACUGCGUAUUGUAAGUCAGUGAAGCACUCAUAUUUGCUUAAUGACUUAGUAAUUUACGACGCACUAAAUGUAGUACCGCUAAACUACUUGAAUACUGUUCAUAAGGGAAAUAUUGCAUGUUUAUGUAUAAGUAAUGAUGGGAAACUGGUAGCGACCGCUUCAGAGAAAGGUACUAUAAUAAGGAUGUUCAGCACGGGGGAUGAAACUGCAUUUAACUCGAACACAGCCCUUAUGUACGAGUUUAGACGUGGAACACGGCCAUGUUCCAUCCAUGAGAUGAAAAUCGACCGUACUGGGAGGUAUUUAGCGUGCGUAGGCCAUACGGACACCAUUCAUAUUUUUGAUUUAGAAAAAUAUGGACAGGGCUAUAGGGGAUUCGACGACUAUACCGCCCCAUCAAUGCUAGGAGUGAAAUCGGCCAAGGCUAACACUCGACAAAUUGCCAAUUUCUUGUCGAAAAGGGUUAUAUCUAAGAUUUCAAACCACAACAUGGAAAGAGAUUUUGCACAUAUAAAAGUGCAAGAUUCGAUAAGACAUUGUAUUGGAUUUCCAAAUGAGUUUCCUGAGAGAAUAUAUGUAGCCAGUAGUAACGGUGAAUUUCAUGUUUGGAAUAUCCCGCAGCAUGGUGGGGAAUGCAUUUUGGUAAAGAGUAAUAAAUUCUAG